GUCCAGUUCGAGCAGCUGACCGGCGGCCGCUUCAAGCUCACGGGAGAUAUCCCCUCCAUCCGUGCCCAGUUCCUCGGGCUAUUCGACAACAUGAAAGCCAUGCUCCCUCCGCCCAACAAUGCAGUUUCAAAAAUUGACCUCCAGCUACCAGAUAGUGACUUGAAGGUCCGAAUCUACUAUCCCACAGUGAAGAGUGAAGUUAUGUUGCCGAUUGGGUUAUAUUUGCAUAGCGGCGGCUGGGUGGCUGGCGGAGUCGAUUAUGAAGACCAUAUGUGCCGCUACCUGACACAACACACCCCUACCGUUCUCGUCUGCCCCGAAUACCGGCUUGCUCCCGAGCACCCUUUUCCCGCCAGCCUCAAUGACUGCAUCCUAGCCUUCCAAUGGAUGACUCAAAACGCAUCGACUUAUUCCGCAUCCCCCAAGCUGGCCUACGCAACCGGCGGCUCCGCAGGUGGGAACCUCGCCCUCGCAACUGCACUGAAGCUGUCUUCCAUACCAGGCUCUUCGGUUCCAAAGGCAGUCUUGGCGUCCUGCACCAGUUCCUGUGAGCCGUCUGCUAUCCCUGAUAAAUAUCGGGAAGCGUGGCAUCCGGAACUGUUUCUUGACUCCGCAUUUUUAGAUCGGACAUGUAUGCAGACUUGCUUUGAAGCCUAUGGAGCCCCGCCUACUGACCCGCUUUUCUCCGUGCUCCUUCACCCAAACCUGGGGAAGCUGCCGCGGACAUAUCUGGUUGCAUGCGGGAAAGAUCCAACGCACGACGAACUUUUGAUGCUGAGGGAUGAGAUGGAGGCCCAGGGAGCUCACGUGGAAUUGAAAGUUUAUGAAGGGUAUCCUCACUGCUUCUUUAUUGUCCCCACACUGAAGGCUAGUGCGGAAUACCUAGAUAUUCUUGUACAGAAGAUACAGGAGUUAGUCCUAGAGUCCUGA